AUGAAUGAUAAAGAGAAUAGUGUAAAUUUUGUUGAAGGGUUAUCAUUUUUUAAAGGUGCACCUGUAUCUAAAUUAUGGCUUUUACUUUUUAUUAUUUUAACAAUAUUACGAGUGUAUUGGAAUAGUACUGUAGAAUGGGCAUAUAUAAUUGGAUUGUCAGAUUUCUGGAAAAAUAUAUCUACAAUUGAUAUAAUAUUAUUAUUAUUAUCAGUAGAUGAUUUUUCAACGGUUGUAGGACAAAUAGGAUUGAUACAUGCAGGAAGGCUUAUUGAAAGAAGAUUUGGUUCACGAAAAUUUUUUACUUUUCUUUUAUUUAUGUGUUUAAUAUGUUUUCCAUUAUUUAUUUAUACAUUACAAUAUUAUACAUCAUAUUAUCAUUAUAACAAAAAAAAAAUUUAUAUUAAAACUUUAUCUGAAAUAUUUUUUGGUGGUAUUUUUGUUCAAUUAAUCCAAGAAAUUCCGGUUAUUCCAUAUGUAAGAAUUUUUGGCUUACCACUUUCUGUACAUCAUCUUCCUAUUAUAUUUAUGAUACAGAUUAUUAUGUCAUCAAAAUUUUCUUUUAUUUCUAUUAUUAUUGGAGGUGUUAUUUCAUAUAUCUAUUCAUCAAAUAUUAUUCAAAAAUCUUUAGUUAAAUUAGUUAAUAUAUCACUAUUUAAUAAUUUAGAAAAUUCAAGGUCAAUUUUUUUAAUAUAUUUAUACAAAAUUUUGAAUUUGUUUUUUAAUAAAUUUUUGGAACCAAGUGAUGAAAAAUUACCUAUUGCUUGUACAGUUGAAAAACAAAGAGAAGAACUUUUAGAUAUGUAUGAAAAUGAAAUAAUUCAACAACAAUUAAGGCAUUUUUAUAAUAAUAAUCCAAGGAAUACAAAUAAUCCUGAUGGUCAAUUACAUUAUUUAAAUAGAAUGUUAAGAAGAGAAAACAUUCAAAAUGACGAAGAAAUUGUAAUACCAGAACCACCAGAAAAUGCUAUAGAAACAUUACGUGAUAUGGGAUUUACUAAUGAAGAGGAGGUAAGAGAAACUUUGAGGAGAUUUAGAAAUGAUAUAGCACAAGCUGCUAAUUAUUUACUUAAUAGAUAA